UCAAUAAUAAGUUAUGGGAUCAUGGAAAGCUUACAGAUCUUUGUUCUUCACAGCAGAAGUGGUUUUCUUGUCACUAUAGUAACACCUUACUGGAGACCAAAGUUCAGUUAUUUUACAACUUCUUUACCACUGCUUUUAGUUCAAAGUUUAUUGCUAUAAAUCUGUGCCAAUAGAGACAUCGCUAAAUCCUCCCGUUCUCUAGCAGCAGAAGGAAAUCCUUCAUUCACUGAAUUUCUCACCAAAAGAACCCAAGUACCAAGGGGAAAAAUCCUUGACUCCCUGAAAAAAAUGCCAUCCAAGAGAAAGUCCCUGAUGUUUGCCUCUGCUUCUUUCAUGAGCACUUGCUCCUUUGUGGUGAUUUGCCUUGUUCUUGCAACUAAAAACUGGGUUUCAAGUACGAUUAGCUUUACUUCCGGAAUGGCCAAUACAACAAUGUUCUUUUCUUAUGGGCUUUUUGAAGGACAGUGGUCAGCAACAGUGGUUAAUGGAAUUGCUAUGCCAGUGACCAGUUUUCAAGUUGCAGACUUGAUGGAUAACGGCACAGUGAAGAGUCUCAGCAUCGUGGUCAUCCUUCUUAUAGUUCUCAGCUUGCUCAGCUCCUUCCUGAGCUCAGGGUUUACCUGCUAUAAUUCUGUCAGCAAUCCAUAUCAGACCUUUUUAGGGCCUAUCGGAGUCUACACCUGGAACUCUAUAUCGGGUAUCUGCAUUUUUUUGACGAUGAUACUGUUUGCUGUGAAUGUGGAAGCAUAUGAACUAUCUGUUCAACUGGCCUUCAAAACAACUUCUCACCCUUCAAGACCAUACAAGCUAUCCAACUCUUAUGGAUAUUCAUACUGGAUCAUGUUUCUUAUAAUCCUUUUAAAUGCUGCAACCAUCAUCAUAAUUGUUUUAUACCAAAAAGCAAGAUAUUCAAAAAGGAAGGAACAAGAGAGACCCAUGGAAAGUGCACCAAAAGAUGGGAUUUUAUUUUAAUAGCAUCUGUAACUGCAUUUCACAUGUAAGUAAGGCAUGCUGACCUACACAGACCCCAAGCAGGAAUAAUUAAGUCCAGGAUUGCUUCCUACCUGACUAAAAUAAAACAAUGCUGUGUUAACAAUCAGAAUUGAUAAUGGAAAAGCAUAUGGCUGGAUCUGCAGAUUGAUUCUGAUAAUGGCAGCACUCUCCCCCAUGCAAGAAGUUCUUCCACCAGAAG